CGGGAAGGGGUUUGACCACCGAGCGGCUGACGGGUGUGUGGAGGCGACGAGCCCCGCGCGUGGGGCCGCAGUUGUGUGCGGCGCGAGUGGGAGCCCGCAGCCGUCGCUGCUGCCGCUUUUAACAGCCCUGGUUGCCGCUGCACGCGCUUCUACCUCCCGGUGGAGGACGCGGGGCAGAGAGACGCGUUCCGGGUUAGCUUGCGUUUUUCUCCCGCAUUGAUGACUGCAGCUUUUGACGGACGGGCCUUUUCAUCUCUUAACUAGUUCUUGGAUAUAUUUUGUGCUGAGAGAUCUUUUGUUGCCAAGUUACGUAGUUGGGCAAGGGACAGGUUUUUGGCAACGAAGUCCAUAAAAGGAUUGUUUGAAAUAAUGGGAGGAAAUGGACGUAGGUCGAACCACUCCUAGCAAAGAAAGAGUUUUCACUUUGGAAAAAGCAUUUUGCUACAGUGAAUAGAGUCGAUCUCUGCUCUGAUCUUACAGUUCGUGGACGGACCUUAUCUCUCUAGGAAGUGAAGGACGCUCGGCUCUCUAGCUCAUCUUAGAAUGGCGUCUGCCUCAGAACCUUCUUACCACCCCAGACUGAAUGCUGGUCCACACAGCUCCUCACACUGCCUUUCCUCUUGACGUUUAAGGGACCUCAGACACAGAGUGUCUGUUGAACCUCAUAUGGCAUUAUGCCUUCAAGAUAAGCUCUAACAGAGGAACUGGAAUCUGUAAGUAAUGAGCUCCAUGCGAUUGACAUCCAGAUUCAAGAACUUACAGAGAGGCAGCAAGAGCUCCUUCAGAGAAAGUCCGUCCUGGCAAAGAAGCUCAAGCAGUGCUUAGAGGGCUCCGACGCCGAGGCGAGCAGCAGCUGUGACUCCUCACCAGCCUCAUGGAAUAAAGAAGAUUUCCCGUGGUCUGGGAAGGUUAAAGGUGUGCUGAAAAAUGUUUUUAAACUGCAGAAGUUCAGACCCCUGCAGCUGGAAACCGUCAAUGUCACCAUGGAUAGAAAGGACAUCUUUCUGGUCAUGCCCACAGGAGGUGGGAAGAGCUUGUGCUACCAGCUGCCAGCACUGUGCUCAGAGGGUUUUACACUUGUGAUUUGCCCACUCAUCUCUCUUAUGGAAGAUCAGCUGAUGGUUUUAAAACAGUUGGGAAUUUCAGCUACUAUGUUGAAUGCUUCUAGUUCUAAGGAGCAUGUGAAAUGGGUUCACGCUGAAAUGGUGAGUAGAAACUCCCAGUUAAAGUUGAUUUAUGUGACUCCAGAGAAAAUUGCAAAAAGCAAGAUGUUCAUGUCAAGACUAGAGAAAGCCUACGAAGCUGGAAGGCUGACUCGCAUCGCAGUGGAUGAGGUGCACUGUUGCAGUCAGUGGGGACAUGAUUUCAGGCCUGAUUAUAAGGCACUUGGCAUCUUGAAGCGCCAGUUUCCCAACACCUCACUGAUUGGGCUGACCGCAACAGCAACCAACCAUGUUUUGAAGGAUGCACAGAAAAUCCUGUGUGUGGAUAAGUGUUUGAUUUUCACAGCAUCUUUCAAUCGGCCAAAUCUUUAUUAUGAGGUUCGACAAAAGCCCUCGAAUGCUGAUGACUUUAUUGAGGACAUUGUAAAGCUCAUUAAUGGACGGUAUAAAGGGCAAUCAGGAAUCAUAUACUGUUUUUCUCAGAAAGACUCUGAACAAGUUACCAUUAGUUUACAAAAAUUGGGAAUUCAUGCAGGAACUUACCAUGCCAAUAUGGAACCCGAAGAUAAGACCAAGGUUCAUACUCGGUGGUCAGCCAAUGAACUUCAGGUGGUCGUGGCUACAGUUGCAUUUGGCAUGGGAAUUGAUAAGCCAGAUGUGAGGUUCGUUAUCCACCAUUCAAUGAGCAAAUCCAUGGAGAAUUACUACCAAGAGAGUGGCCGUGCCGGUCGCGAUGACUCGAGAGCAGACUGUAUUCUGUAUUACGGCUUUGGAGACAUAUUCAGGAUCAGCUCGAUGGUGGUCAUGGAGAAUGUAGGGCAGCAGAAGUUGUACGAGAUGGUGUCAUACUGCCAGAAUAUAAGCAAGUGCCGUCGUGUGUUGAUAGCACAACAUUUUGAUGAAGUGUGGAAUGCAGACGCCUGUAACAAAAUGUGUGACAGCUGCUGCAAAGACAUUUUGUCUGAGAAAAGGAAUGUAACACAGCACUGCCGAGACCUGGUCAAGAUCCUGAAGCAGGCAGAGGCACUGAAUGAAAAGCUCACUCCACUGAAGCUCAUCGAUUCUUGGAUGGGAAAGGGAGCAGCCAAGUUGAGAGUGGCUGGCGUUGUUGCCCCGGUCCUUCCCCGAGAAGACCUGGAGAGAAUCAUCGCACAUGCUCUCCUGCAGCAGUAUCUCAAAGAAGACUACAGUUUCACAGCUUACGCCACCAUCUCGUAUCUGAAAGUGGGACCCAGAGCUAGUCUUCUCAGCAACGAUGCCCAUGCUGUUACCAUGCAAGUGAGGAAGUCCACACAGAGCGGCGCCAGGGCUGCGUCAUCUGGACUGACGGAGCAUGCCGAGGAGAAAGGGGACGUCCAGAAGUCCACAAACAGGCUUCAGCCGUCUGGAGCUAAGAAAAGGAAGCUGGAUGAUGCCUGAGUGUCACUUAAUCUUGCACAAAAUAACUAUUUAAGUUAUUUAUGUCUAGAUCAUUUUUAUGCUUAAUUUUUGAAACAAUUUUGUAUUUUAUACAUAUAAAAUUAUAUAUUCAGAGCUUAUCUGAACAUAUUCAGGAUCAUUUGAAAAUUUGAGAUCAGGAGUUAUAUUUUACAGUAUACAAUAAUGAAAAAUAAUACAUCUUUUAUGCAAAGUUGUUUAAGUGUGAUUGAAAUUAAGUCCAUAUAAGUGUCAUAAGCUCAUUUGCCUUGCUGUGACCAUCUAGUUUUCUGUUGUGACUCCCUUUAAAGCAAUACCAUGCUGACAUAGGCUCACCCUUCCAAGAUGGUACCAUUUUAGGCUGAGCAAUGCAGAUGAUGUCUGACCGGAAGAGCUGCUGUUUUAGCUCAGAUGAAAACAGUCAGUCACCAGUACCAAGGGUGUCAGCAAGAAGACUCGGCAUGUUCUAAGUAAAUCAAGACAGCAAGCCUCCUGAAGCCCUGGCCUUACUCUGAUGUUCAGGCAAAGAAGGAUCUGGUACACAGGUGCAUUUGUGUGAAUCAAGGUUUAUUGUCAAUUCUGUAUCAGGAAUGUUCACCUGCUAAUUAGUCAUUAAACUGAGUUCA